AUUCUGCCUUUGUUAUGCAAAUGGGGCGACAUCAAUGCCAGGUAAAUGACCAAGGCAUUCACUAACACUUGCAUUGGUUGUGAACUUUGAAAUUGUGGAUGUGGGCGAUCACGGUGUGUCCACAGACAAGGCAUUCACUGACGCUUGCAGUGGUUGUGAACUUUGAAGUUGUAGAUGUGGGCGAUCACGAUGUGUCCACAGUGGUCCAACCUAUAUAGAUUGCAGCGUGGAUCCCCUACAUCUCUAGACAGUCGACCUCUUAACAUUCUUUGCAACUCUCCACCCGUUUUUCCUCGUAUUAAUUAUGGGUUCCCUCAAAAAAUGGUUCCAAAAGCACCAUGGCGACAAAAAGCCAUCGCUUAAGCACUCUAAGUCGAUGCCAUUUAGAGUCUCACAAGCGAGCAUGCUAGAGCCUUGUGCCGAUCCUUUCAAAGCUAUAUACCAUGGCAAGACCCCGCUUAAAAAUUCCGACAUCACGUACGUCGAGCACGCUCCAGGGAUGCUGGACAUCCAUCGCGCGCAGUGGUACCAAGAUGUCCACGACCAUCCGCCAAGUCGUGCCCGCUUCGACACGUACGCCGAGGACCAGUUUCCCAAUCCCUCCCCACCCCCUCCGAGGCCCACCCGCAACGCCUUGAGAACGACUUCGUUGAACUCAAAGAGCAUUAGGCCCCAACUGCCCCUACAGAACUGCAGCACAAGCCAUCAACAUGUCACAGGUAGACAAAGAACUAUUCAGGAGUCUUCUUCAGCCACAGCACACCCCUCUCUUGCCUGCAAACAGCGGCGUAAGGCCACCGCUGAUCAAGCUAUGGCAGAUCUGCUGAAAACAGGUGACGGCCGGCCUCCCGUAUUUGGGAGCAGUAGACAAGCAGAACGCGUGCGCGCCAAGUCGAGCGCUGGUCGCUCAUACACCCCUGUCUCUCCCGCCCCUCCCGUCCCGACCAUCCCGCACCAUGCGCACAGCUCACACACAAACCUGAAUCGUUCCGGAUAUUGGUUCUGAUUGGUCUUGGCAGGCGGUAUAUCGGUGAAUCUGUGCAGAUG